ACCGGUAUUAUCUGCCCGGUUCCAUCAUGGCUGCAGUGUAAAGGGGAGGCGGCAGGAGGCGGUGCAGCUGUGACAGAGGCUGGCCGAUGAAAAUGCCAAAUCAGCUCCCGGCCGCUCACCAGCUCCAGCAGCAGGGACAGUCACGGCAGCGGCAGCUGCGGGCUAGGAGUGAAGAGGAACUGUGAAUGCAAUUUCCGCCGCAGGCCGCCUAUCGCGCCCGCCAGUCCAAGCUCCUGCUGUGCGUGUGACCCGCUCGCCACUCUGCCGGGCUCGUCGUCCAUUAUUCCGGGACGCAGCAGCCCGUACGGGCUGGGCUGUUGAUCAGUAUGACUGCCAGUGGCGAUAGAGGCUUUGAAUCAUCAUUGGAGGCUAGUAUAAACAGCACCUGCUCUUACGUUUCCACCCGCGCCAGGAUUUUUAAGAUCAUUGUGAUUGGAGAUUCAAAUGUGGGGAAGACCUGCCUGACGUACAGAUUCUGCACCAGCUAUUUCCCUGACCGGACUGAGGCCACCAUAGGAGUGGACUUUAGGGAAAGGAGCGUAGAAAUAGAUGGAGAAAGAAUAAAGAUUCAGCUGUGGGAUACGGCAGGACAGGAGCGCUUCCGAAAGAGCAUGGUGCAGCACUAUUAUAGGAAUGUGCAUGCUGUGGUUUUUGUGUACGACAUCACUAACCUGGCCAGCUUCCGGAGCCUGCCAGCCUGGAUAGAAGAGUGCAAGCAGCAUUUGCUCACAAACGACGUGCCUCGAAUUCUGGUUGGCAAUAAGUGUGACCUAAAGGACUCCAUUCAAGUGCCCACUGACUUGGCUCAGAAAUUUGCCGACUCUCACAGCAUGCCUAUGUUUGAGACCUCUGCCAAGAAUACCACUGACCAUGUGGAGGCUAUAUUCAUGACUCUGGCACACAAGCUCAAGAGUCACAAGCCAAUGGUUUUGAGUCAGCCCCCAGAGAGCACAGUAGAGCUAAAUUCAGGAGCAAAGACCUCCUUUCCUUGUGGAUGCUAGAUUUCUGUUUUAUUGAACUAAAGUGCAGUGAGUGGGCAUUGAUGCAGAAGGCGGUCUGGUUACAUAGGCACCAGGAACGUGCAUGGUUUCACGGAGUCCAGACAAAGGCAGGGGCUUUCAGAUGAGCCCAGAUGUAACCGUUGGUGUACAGUGGCUGUUCGGGAAUUCAGUCAUUGGAGCUCUGUUUUUCUUUUGUUGUAUUUAUCCCCUCUUCUGAAGGAUGAGAACCUUUUGGCAAGUGCAAUUUUAGUUAUAAAAAGGUGAAAGUCAAUGUGCUUUAUUAGUAGGCAUUAUCUAUGUCCGUUGUUAUGGUUUACAUUCCAUUUGCCUGUUUUCUUGUUUCUGCCAGUAGCCUUUCAGACAUCUGUUUAUCUGUGCGACGAUGACCUUUAUUUUACUGGAGAUGUGUGCACAGUAACAUAGCAGCCCUGGCACAUACAGAUUUACAUAUAUACAUCUAUGUGCUGUGACCGAUUUGGAGCUGCCAGAGCAAGUCGUGAACUGGGUGCACUGUGCUUUAUAACAAUAUCAGUAAUGUGUUAGGGAAGUUGCUGUGAGUAAUGUUGAGUCAAACAAGGUUAGUCCCGUAUCUGCACCGACUGCUCAAACAAGAAAACACAUUAAAGUAUGCCAAAGGGAACGUAUACAUCAGCCUGAAUAUGACUGUGCAAAAGCUGUAAUGCAAGCAUGACAAAGACUGGCACACAGGCUUAUUGUUCUUCUACAGAUGUAGCCAUGCUCAUCUGACUGCGAUACGGCAUGUUCCAUGGCGUCCAGGCUGCAACUAGCAAGCCGUGUUGCAGCAUUCUGCAUCGCAGCAAAGAUGAGCAUGGCUUCAUCUGUACCUUAAUUUGUGAACUUGUAGUUUCCUAUUUGUAUUAUUUGUUUUUCAGCAAUUGUUCAGAGUUGCUUCCAUUUCCCAUGUUACUGGACCCGUGGCUCUUAUAGCACAAAACAGCUUUGUUUAUUUUUUAUCAAUUAUGUUCUAAAAAAGGCACAAAAACAAAACUUAAUUUAAGGGAAACAUUUUGCCUUCCACCCAUUAGAUUAAAUAUUUAGAAUGUAUUGUAAUACUGGAUUGAUUUGCCAAUGUCUUCUAGUCCAGUGUGACGGUAUUUGUCUGUAUUGCACAUAUCUGGAGAAACUGAACUGUGGUUCAGAAAUAUCCUUUAGAUUCUAAUUUUUUUAAUAUUUUAUGAUUUAUAUAUGAUGGCAAAAUAUUAAAUUGUCUGUGACCUCACUAAGCAGUGACAAGACGUGGUCCCAUGUACUAAUCCACAGUUGUGUAGUGACCUCUAAAAGCCAUGUUGUAUACCUUUUUAAGUAAACGGUUUGGUACCAGUGCUGGCAAGUACCUGACCACUUUAGGAACAAAACUAUGUACACAGUUGUAUUUGUCUGUAUGUGCUUUAUAAAGCUGAUGUAGCAGGUAUUUGACCACCACAGGGAAAAGUCUGCCACAGAUUGUAAAUAUUUCUGUGGCCUGUUUCUACAUGAAUAUUACUGUAUGUUUGUAUAACCUGUGAGAAGCACAUAACUGAAUGCAAAUUAGCCUGAUGUUUAUCGUGUAUGUUAAUAUAUUUCAUGACGUUAUUACAAACCCCCCCCACCCCCAAAAAAAAAAACUGUUUACCUUGUCCAAGGUAUCACAGCAAACUAACCUCAUGAACAUUGAUCGUCUGCACAAAAUUGAGCAAAUAUGAAAGGAUGACAUUAUAAUUUUUAGCAUAACUGCUCGAGAAUAGUAGGAUCCUGUGAUUGCCCAGCGCUACAUUAUAUGCGUACAUAGGCUCCAAUCCUAUUCCUGCAGUGUUCUCACAAAAAUGCUGCAAUUAUUGUACAGCCGACUCACAGAUUUUAGUUUGCUGGCUCAUAGGGCUGGAAGCAAAAAUCUGCGAGACUGGUAGUAUAAAAAGGGAUUCAAGCUCGGGUGCCAUUGCUGGAAGUUACAUGGCACCUCGUGCCGUUCGAGCCAAUUAAGUUGCACUUUGUUGGGUGCUAUAAAAUCGGUACAUUAAAGGCAUUAAACUGAUAGCUUGCAGUGUAGCAAAAUAGUAAUAACCAUCCCAUAGAGCAGAGGAACAAGUGCGGUGUUCUGGGUGCCCUGGAAUACGUGAAAUGUCUGCUUUUACAGGUUUAUAAAGGACAGCUUGUCAGGAAUGAUGCUGGAUUGUCUCAGAUGACCUUUCCUUUUCAGAUUUCCCGGGAAGUUGUGGAAUUUAGAUGUGAACACAUUUGCUUUUUUGGGGAAAGACCUGUGAAAUUGGGGGAAAAAAGUGUUCAGCUCACUACCUUUUAAAAAAAACAAAAGGGAUGAACACCUGUGCCAAUUUACAGAUCUUAUUGUAGUAUAUUGCUUAGCCUGCAGUUACUACUGAUGUGCAGUGUGUGGCUAUACAUAGUGGAGGUUGGAUGGAGAGUGUGCUUAGGGAAGGCAGUUAUAUAUGUAACCUUUAAUUGUUCCAUAUAUAUGGCAGUGUGUAAUGAAUGUUUUUCCUGCAUCCAUGUUACAAGGGCACUCCUGCAUACCACACACAGUGUUACUGAACGUCAUUGUAAAUGUAUGAGUGCUAAUGUGAGAUGGGUUCAGAAAAUCCAUUAGCUGCUUUGUGUUUACGUUUUCCGUAUGAAGGGAUUUAACUACUCAUUAUAACUGUGCUGUGGAGAGGUAUUAUAGUGACACGCUAAAACCUUUCUACAAACUGAAAAGGGAGGCUACACAUCACAACAGAAAUGCAAAUUGUUUUUUUUUUUUUUUUAUUUACAUUUUAUAGAAAAUAUUCAAGCAUUGUUAUUAAACAGUACAGUGGAUGGGUUAUUAAUGUUAACAUUUGCUUUUCAAUCACCUUAUUUAUAUUACAAAUAAAAGGGAAAUUCCGGUAUGAGCAGUUUGUUUUUUCCAGAAGUACAUCAACUAUGCAAUGUCCAUUUUUACAGUAUGUCUAAUGGUAGAUGAACAAUCUUCUUUUUAAAUGUGUUUAGUAUGGUUUCCGUUUUGUUACGGCAUUAUUUCUGGAGAGGAUGGAAGGAACAUUACCUUUCUCUUCCUGAUAAUGGCCUAUUUACACUUUAAAUCAUGGCAACGCUGCUUUUUAAAUUAACAUUCUUCUAAUUGGUUUUGAUUUGUAACGUCUCAUGUUAAACUCCUGUUUAUAUGUCUGCACAUUAUCCAUGAACAUAUAGAUUCCAAUAAAUAUUGCUAAUGGUA